GUCACCUUUCUUACGUCACGGCGGGUGUCUUCCUUCCUCCAGUCAGCGAGCUGCCGGUGAGCGAGUGACCGGCCCCCCGGUGUCCGGAGAAGAUGUUCACGCUGUGCAGCACGGUGCAGCCGCAGGUAACCGUUCCUCUAAGCCAUCUCAUUACUGCCUUCCACUCUCCAAAAACCACUGCUUAUAUCCCAAGCUCAGCCUCCAUCCAGAAGCUAAAUCGCGAUGUGAUUCCAAAACCGGAAAUUUGCCACUCAGAGCCUACAAUCAAUCUGAAAGACCUAGGUCUGUCUGAACUGAGAACGGAACAGUUGGACAAGCUUUUUGAAAGAUUCCUCCCUGGCGUAUGCGCAAACAAACAAAGCAUUCCGUCCCACUGGCACACAUCACAUGUCUCUGCACAGUCUUUCUUUGAGAAUAAGAAUGGUUAUUCCAGUGUUUUCCGUGCCUUGCAUUCCUGCUCCAUGCAGAGACAGCAGCCCAGCCCGCUCAAGCAGGUGUGCACAGAUCUUCAAUACUGGCCAGUUUUCAUGCAGUCUCGGGGUUUUAAAACGUUAAACCCAAAAGUUCGUCGCCUACAAUCAACCUCUGAGAGAAUUGGCGAGAAAGAAAAUGCUGCUCCAUCUUUCAUGAAGGGAUUUUUGAUGAGAGAUCGCAUUCCAGAUGUGGAAAACCUGGACAAACUUGUAAAAAAUAAAAAUGUCCCUGAAGGACAACAAGAUGCCUUUAAAACCGGGUUUGCCGAAGGAUUUUUGAAAGCACAAGCUCUCACCCAGAGAACUAAUGAUUCCCUUAGAAGGACCCGGCUGUUCCUACUUGCUUUGCUUCUCCUGGGACUGUAUGGCUUGUCCAAAACACCAUUCUUGUCCGUACGAUUUCGAACAACAUCAGGGCUUGAUGCAGCCGUGGAUCCAAUCCAUAUGAAAAAUGUGACAUUUGAGCAUGUCAAAGGGGCUGAAGAGGCUAAGCAAGAGUUACAGGAAGUUGUGGAGUUUUUGAAAAAUCCUCAGAAGUUCACCGUUUUGGGUGGCAAACUUCCUAAAGGCAUUCUUUUGGUUGGACCUCCUGGAACAGGGAAAACCCUCCUGGCUCGUGCUGUUGCAGGAGAGGCAGAUGUUCCGUUCUACUAUGCAUCCGGCUCUGAAUUUGAUGAAAUGUUUGUUGGAGUGGGAGCCAGUCGCAUUCGAAAUCUAUUCAGAGAAGCAAAGAGCAAUGCACCUUGUGUAAUAUUUAUUGAUGAGCUGGACUCUGUAGGCGGCAAAAGAAUUGAAUCACCAAUGCACCCAUACUCAAGACAAACCAUUAACCAACUUCUUGCCGAAAUGGACGGAUUUAAACCAAAUGAAGGCGUCAUAAUCAUUGGAGCAACAAACUUCCCAGAAGCUUUAGAUACUGCUUUAAUUCGUCCUGGGCGAUUUGAUAUGCAAGUUACUGUCCCAAGACCAGAUGUGAAAGGUCGAACUGAAAUCCUGAAGUGGUACCUCAACAAAAUAAAGUUUGACGUGUCUAUUGAUGCAGAGAUUAUAGCUCGUGGCACUGUAGGUUUUUCUGGAGCAGAGCUGGAGAAUUUGGUAAACCAGGCUGCAUUAAAGGCUGCUGUGGAUGGGAAGGAAAUGGUAACCAUGAAGGAUCUGGAGUUUGCAAAGGACAAGAUACUCAUGGGCCCAGAAAGAAGAAGCGUGGAAAUAGACGACAGAAACAAAACAAUCACUGCUUAUCAUGAGUCCGGUCAUGCUAUUAUUGCAUAUUACACCAAAGAUGCAAUGCCUAUUAAUAAAGCCACAAUUAUGCCCAGAGGACCCACAAUGGGACAUGUGUCUCUUCUGCCAGAGAGUGACCGAUGGAGUGAAACCAGAUCCCAGCUUCUCGCUCAGAUGGAUGUUAGCAUGGGUGGGAGGGUAGCAGAGGAAAUGAUCUUUGGAGCAGAGAACAUCACCACAGGUGCAUCCAGUGACUUUGACAGUGCAACAAAAAUAGCAAGACUAAUGGUAACCAAAUUUGGAAUGAGUGAAAAGCUUGGAGUGAUGACCUACUCUGAUAAAAGAAAACUAAGUCCAGAGACUCAAGCUGCUAUUGAACAAGAAAUUAGAACUCUUUUAAAGGAUUCCUAUGAGCGAGCAAAGCAUUUGCUGAAAACACACAACAAAGAGCACAAAAUCCUGGCUGAAGCUUUACUCAUGUAUGAAACCUUGGAUGCCAAAGAAAUUCAGAUGGUCUUAGAAGGAAAGAAGCUAGAAAUAAGAUAAUGUAAUCUAUUACUGUUGCAUUGGUAGCCUAUCAGACUCUGUUUCCUUUUAUUUUAGUGUCAUUGCAGCGUUCUUUAGAUUUACAUCCACACUUUUACUUCAGGUAUAGUAACAUAAUUCUGCGUUAUGAUUUCUCAGUAUAUAUUAUUCCACGUUUCUCGUAGAUCAGCACUUAAUGUUAAACAAGGCUGUGCAAUUUUUUUUUUUAAACCA